AUGAAUGUCACGACCACUUCAAGACUUACAACCGCACUUUCAGGCAAGCAAUUGAAUUAUUGUAUCAAGAGAUUUUUACAAGUAACAUCAUUUAACAUGGUUAAAGUAGGCGAUUCUGUACCGAACGUGGACCUUUUCGAAGAUGCCCCAACAAAUAAAGUCAACUUGGCCCAAUUGUCUUCCGGAAAGAAAGUAAUUCUUUUUGCAGUGCCUGGUGCCUUUACUCCAGGUUGUUCAAAGACGCAUUUACCAGGAUACGUAAGCAAAGCUGACGAAUUAAAGCAACAAGGAGUGAAUGAAAUCGUCUGUGUAUCAGUCAAUGACCCAUUCGUAAUGGCCGCUUGGGGCAAAGACCAAAAAACCAGUGGAAAAGUACGCAUGCUUGCCGAUCCAUUAGCAACAUUGGCUAAAGCAUUGGAUUUGUCAGUAGAAAUCGGUCCACUAGGUGGUGUUAGGAGCAAGAGGUACUCUAUGGUAAUUGAAGAUGGUAAAAUCACUUCCCUUCAAGUCGAACCUGAUGGUACUGGAUUGUCAUGUUCAUUGGCUGAAGCUAUUAAAUUGUAA